AUGUAUCUCCCAGAGGAAAGGCCUGUACUAGACUUGUCUUGCCAAAUGAAUGCUUUGGCCACUAACUAUGGAUAUUACACACCAGACUGCAAGGAACCCAUUUACCGGACUGAGCUUGGGACAGUAGCCAGGUUGAACAAUGCUGAAGCAGAAUUGACCUCACUGCCAGUUCAUGUAUCACUCCAAGGGCGUGAGCUUUGGGACAAAUUCAGCAAUAUUGGCACAGAGAUGCUGAUUACUAAAACUGGAAGGCGGAUGUUUCCCAGCUGCAAAGUAACAGUGACAGGACUGAAUCCGAAAGUCAAGUAUGUGGUGAUAAUGGACAUGGUGCCGUUUGAUAACCACAAGUACAAGUGGAAUAAGGACUGUUGGGAAGUGAAUGGUUCACCUGAUCCACACCUGCCCAACCGGUUCUUCAUCCACCCAGAAUCUCCUGCAUCUGGAGAGAAGUGGAUGCAGUAUCCAAUCUCCUUCCACAAGCUCAAACUGACCAACAACACCCUCAAUAACAAUGGCUUGGUGGUUCUACACUCCAUGCACAAAUAUCAGCCUCGUCUACACAUAGUCCAGUCUCCAAACCCUGGUAAUCCUCGCGCAUCUGGUGGUUACCUGCGUUUCACCUUCCCAGAGGCUGCUUUUAUUGCCGUCACAGCCUACCAGAACCAGGAGAUCACAAAACUCAAGAUUGACAACAACCCCUUUGCCAAAGGCUUUCGUGACAAUGGGCUGAACAGGAAAAGGUUUCGAGACAAAGAGACCCCGGAUUCAGGUGGAAAGGUCAAACAGGAUUUGAGCGUGGCACAGAACGGGCAAGAAGGACGGUCAAAGGAAGAUGAGGAUGUGGAUGUGACAGUGUCCAGUUCUGUUGACUGCAGCAGUGCACUGAAUUCAUCAGACAGUGCUGACAGAGCCUCCUUAGUCAAUCCAUUUAUAUCAGCAUUUAUAAACCCAAGCACUGCUGAAGUAUCUUCACCACACCAAACACACACCACUCUCAGCCUCAAUAACAGAAUCCUGAACAGUCCCAAUGAGGCCAGACCCUCCAGCCUCCUUGGUUUCUGUGCAGCGCUGCCCACGCCUCAGAGCUACUGUGCCCAGUCCUCCACAGUAGAUACCAAUCUCAGCAGACUGCCAUCUCAAAUCAGUGGCCCUCUGACCCCUCAGCAGCAGCUCCCCCACAGCCCAGCCUCUCAAACCCCCGGCAGAUCCAUAAUCCAUCCCAUCCAGGCCACGAAUACUCAGCUUCAGCCUUAUUUCCGGACCCCUCCCCAUCCAUCCCACCAAUGUCCUGAUAUGGAGUUGCUCUCUCUGCCACCCAAACUGAGUCGCACGCAAAUACCUGAAAGUGCUCUCAGGAACCUAGAGAUGACCCCAACCUUCGACUAUAUUAAUCCAAGACCCCUCAACAACAUUCUCAAUAGGAUCCAAGUCUUACCCUCAGGAACAUCGGGGAAGGUUCCUCAACACGAGCAGUACCUCCAGGAGUUCGAAAGAGAGCAUCGCCCCCAUAUUUAUCCAGCAGUUCAGGAAUACAUUGGUCAACAGUUUGUGUUAAACAGCCUGCUGACUCAACAAGCAAGAGACAGUCAGUCCGAGCACAGAUCACAGAUGGACUACCCCACUGCAAGGCCACAAACUGAAUACUAUUGUAAACAAUAUAAUGGUAUAUGAAUCUUGUUUGUUCAUAAAGGAAUAUUGCGGGUUCAAUGCAAGUUAAGCUCAAUCAACAGCAUUUGUGGCAUUAUGUUGAUUAUCAGAAGGAAAUAAAAUUCCCUUUCUUAAAAAAAAAAGAGCAAAAACAAGGUUACAGUGAGGCACUUACAAUGGAAGUGAAU